GUCAAAGUGAAAGAUUUUUACCAUGGAGGGAACUUCUAAAAGUGAUCCUGGUGUUCAGCUGUCUGUUGCUACUCAGGUUCCUUUCCUUCACCUGUGUGUCACUUUAGAGAAAAUCCAGAAGGCGAAAGUCCGUCCAGAGAAAUCCAAGACCCUUCGUGAUUUCAUUGAAUCAUGGAGGAAGUUUCAUUCUGCCCUUCACAAAGAUAAGCCCAAAACAACGGACUCUUUCUAUCCAGCUAUGCGCCUCAUAGUUCCCUCUUUUGAACGAGAGCGGAUGGCAUAUGGCAUCAAAGAGAGCAUGUUGGCUAAACUCUACAUUGAUGUGUUAGGUCUCCCAAAGAAUGGCCCAGAAGCCAAUAAACUCUUGAACUAUCGAGCUCCAACCACAUCUCAGGGAGAAGCUGGCGACUUUGCCGGCAUGGCGUACUUUGUGCUGAAGAAACGUUGCACCAGCCAGGGAAACCUCAGCAUCAAAGAAGUCAAUGACUUUCUGGAUACAGUGGCCAUCAACAACGCUGGCAAGCAGAAGGACCUUGUGAAAAAGAGUCUUCUGCAUAUCAUCACACAGAGCACGGCUCUCGAGCAAAAGUGGCUCAUCCGAAUGAUUCUGAAGGACAUGAAGCUUGGGAUCAGCAAAGAAAUUGUUCUCCAAGUCUUCCAUCCGGAUGCUGCUGAGCUCUACAACGUAAACACAGACUUAAACAAGGUCUGCCAACAGCUCCACAACCCCUCGGUGUCAUUGAGCGAUGUCUCUAUUGGACUCUUCUCUGCUUUUAAACCCAUGUUGGCAGCUGUUGCUAACAUCCGCAAUGUAGAGAAACAGAUGGGAAACAGCCCUUUUUACAUUGAAACCAAGCUGGAUGGGGAGCGAAUACAACUACAUAAAGAUGGAGAUGUGUACAAGUACUAUAGCCGAAAUGCUUUUGAAUACACACAGCAAUUUGGAGGAUCCCCACUGGCGGGUUCUCUCACACCUUACAUCCACAACGUUUUUAAAAGCCAUGUCGUGAACUGUAUCCUCGACGGAGAGAUGAUGGCGUACAACCCGACCGCUGAGACAUUCAUGCAGAAAGGGAGCAAAUUUGACAUCAAGAGGCUAAUGGAUGACUCUGAGUUACAAACAUGCUUCUGCGUGUUUGACGUGCUGUUAGUCAAUGGCCAAAAGCUUGGAAAGGAUACAUUGAAGAAACGCUACGAAACCCUGCAGACAGUUUUCACCCCAGUCAAGGGAAGGAUGCACCUGGUGCCAAAGACGGACGGCAGAACCAUGCAGGAGGUGGUGAAUGCCCUCAAUGACGCCAUAGACAACAGAGAGGAGGGGAUCAUGGUGAAGGAUCCUUUAUCCAUCUACAAACCUGACAAGCGUGGGGAGGGAUGGCUGAAAAUAAAGCCAGAAUAUAUGGAUGGCUUGAUGGAUGAGCUUGACCUGCUGAUUGUCGGUGGCUACUGGGGGAAAGGGAGACGGGGUGGUAUGAUGUCCCAUUUCUUAUGUGCCAUUGCCGAAGCUCCAAAGCAUGGUGAGAAACCUUCGGUUUUCCACUCAUUCUGCCGCAUCGGCUCUGGCUACACCAUGAAGGAGUUGUAUGACCUUGGUUUAAAACUAGCCAAGCACUGGAAGGUCUACCGCAAAAAUGACCCACCAGCUUCCAUCCUGUGUGGAACAGAGAAACCAGAAGUCUACAUCGAACCCUGCAACUCGGUCAUCAUCCAGGUCAAGGCGGCCGAGAUAGUCGGAAGUGACAUGUAUAAAACCAACUGCACCCUCCGUUUCCCCAGAAUUGAGAGGAUCCGCGACGACAAGGAGUGGCACCAGUGCAUGACUCUGGCAGAGCUGGAUCAGUUUCGCAGCAAGGCGUCGGGAAAACUCGCCUCGCGGCAUCUUCGCAUCGACAACGACGAACCACAAAAGAAGAAGCGCAAGGUGGUAGCCAAACCCAAGAAGGUGGUCGGGCUCAUCGACCACUUUAAGUCCCAAGACCUCUCCGGGAUUAAAAAAGAGACAGAUAUGUUUGAGGAUGUGGAGUUUUGCAUCUUGAAUGGGACUGAAGAUCACCCAAAAGCUGAGCUGGAAAAGGGUGUGGCCAAGUGUGGAGGUAUCGUGGUACAAAAUCCUGGACGGGACACCUACUGCGUGAUCGCCGGCGUGGAGAACAUGCGUGUGAAAAACCUGAUUUCGUCCAACCAGCAUGACGUGGUGUGGGCCGCCUGGCUGCUGGAGUGCCUGGACCAGAAGCAAGUGGUACCAUGGCAACCCUGCCACAUGAUCCACAUGUCGCCAUCCACCAGGGAACACUUCGCCAAAGAGUACGACAGCUACGGCGACAGCUACUUUGUGGACACGGACGAGCAGCAGCUACAGGAAGUGUUCAACCGCAUUGGAGGUGCGGACACACCGGCGGCCGUGAACGUUGGCCAGGUGGAGCAGCGAUACGGUUGGGAUGACCUUCUCACCAGCAUGUUCAGACCCUUCAAGGCUUACAUGGACAGUUACGCUGACAUAGGAGACCCUAAAAGUGCUAUACCCACCACCUAUUUGAACAUCAGGGCGCUGGAGUUUCGUUACCAUGGAGGCACGGUGGUGAAGAAGUUGGAGGAAGGAGUGUCCCAUGUUGUUAUCGCAGAGGAAGCAAGACUUCUAGAUUUGAGGACUCUGAGGCGCAGCUUUAGGAAGAAGUUUAAGAUUGUAAGAGACUCAUGGGUGACCGAUUCAAUCAGUGAAGGAUAUCUGAUGAAUGACAACGACUACUUAGUUUGAGUCUUCCGGUUAUUUUCUCAGGAUUUCGGUUUAAAACGGGAGAAAAAUCUUCGUUUAACUUGGAUUUUAAUUGAUUCGUAAAAGUUGAAGAAUAAAUAAUAAAUAAAUAAAUAGUGAAAUCACCACUUAGGGUGAGAAAAGAGGUCUGAUGGAAGCUAUAUUGCACUGUACAGAGGAUGUUACUUCUCAGGGGCAAACUUUAUUAAUUUUAUAUUGUUGUGUUCUUAUUAAAUGAUUAGGGCUGCUUGUUAUUAGUUUUAAAUGAAUAGACCAAUGUAAGGGACGAAAGUGAACACUCCAUGAUAAUACUCUAUUAUAGUGAUCUAAAUUAGGCCCAUUCUUAAUUUUUCAUUUUAAAGGGUAUUCAAUAUUGCACUUAAAAAUUUGGGAAACUUAAAAAAAACACUAAAUUCUUCAUUUCCCAUAAUUCAACUGGAACUGAACAGUCUUUCAUUAGACCUUCAUUUCCUCCUAAAUAGCGACUGCUUUUAAACUCAAUACAUUUUUUAGAGAUGAUUAAUCUUAAUCCUUAUCCAAAAUAACCCUGAUGACAUCAUUUUGAAGGGGUUUUUGUUUUUUCAAACUGCAGCAUUCUUCCUAGAGACACUGAAGACAAUAUGACGACUCAGGCUGAGUACUUCUUCCAAAGAGUGAAAUAAUUAUGUGUGAAAUUGGUGGAGUGCCCCUUUUUAAUUUAAGCAAAUAAUGUGAGCGGUUCGAUGAAUCAUCAAUCUCUUUUUGUGAUCUGUGCCUUUGUGCUUUUAGGCUUUUUUUUAACUACUUAUUAAAGGACUGCUGGGUAGGAUUUAGUGGCAUUUAGCGGCAUUUUAAAGAACCUAUCUAGAGCCAGUGUUUGGUUUGUCCAUUCUAGGCUACUGUAGUCCCCAUGUAGAUAUAAAGGUCUUGUUCUAAGGUAAGAAAAACACAAUAAUUCUUAUUUUCAUGGGAUUAUACACUAAUUAAAACAUGAAUAUUAUAUUCCAUUUCUGCCAAGUCUGUUUGGCUAGAUGCCACUAAAUCUUACACGCUGGUCUAUUAAGUACAACUCUACUAAGUAUGUGGGAUUGGUUUAAAAUGCAAGAAUGACUGUUGUCCAAAUGUGUUUUUAUGAUUGUUAAUUAA